AUGGCAUUUUUAAUUUUCGCUGCGAUUCUGCUAAUGUCCCACGGGAUCCAAAGCCAGAAAAAAGCCUAUUUGGAUCCACUUAUAAAGCUGAGUGAUAUCAUCACGGCCCGCUUAGAAGAAAGCCUCAAGGAUCUGAGGGCUGGAGAGUUUUCUUCUUAUUACACUAAACUACAGCAAGCAGCCAAACUUCCAUUUUCAAAACUGGACGAAAAAAUUACGGCUCUUAAUAUGUUCAGACUUCUUCAGCGGACCGACGAGUCCUUCGGCUCAACUAGGACACCAGCGAUCCAGAAUGGAAGUCUGCCCGAGAACGGACCUGCCCUUCGACAGAAAUUCACCCAGUCUGAAAAAAAAAUCCUAAAUCUUCUUAUGAGGCUCGGCAUCUACGAUAACUUUACUGCUCGCGUUUUCAAGGCAAUCUUCAGCGAUGAACAGCAGCUGAAAAAACUCAAAAAGAAGCUCGAUGAUUUGGAUAAGAAGGAAAUGGACGACGGCAAAGACUCCUUGUGGGACUUUUUACUCGACCUUUUCUGAGUCUAAACUACACUGGGACCAGUUGUCCUUUUUCAGAGUUUAAUAAAUGGUUUAUUUUA